GAGCCGCGAAGCGCCCCCUAUGUUUUUAUCAACUUAACUAGUAGCAUCUCGGUGUUUAGACACGCCUACUGUCCCUCCAGCUGGACGGAGACCGAGUCGGACACUGGCUUUGACCACUUUGUCACUAAAUGGUAAACCUGCUUAUUUGCAGUAGGAGUCCCAUCUGAGGAACAGAAGAUCAUCUCAAUGUCCGUCUCAUUGUCCCGUCUGCUCCGAUGCAGGCUGUCCUCGAUGGGCUGGAGCUCCAGGUGCGUGUGUAUGUGUGACCCGACCGCGCCUGGCGUCCGGUGGAACAGCACUCGUCUGGACGUGGACGGAAGCGGACGUCCAGCCACGUGGGACUCCUUUGGGAUCUGGGAUAACCGGAUAGAGGAGCCCAUCCUGCUGCCGCCCAGCAUCCGCUAUGGGACCCCCAUCCCGCAGAUCAGCCUGUCCAAGGUGGGCUGUGCCUCCCACAUCGGCCGCCGGCGCGACAACGAGGACCGCUUCCAAGUGAACAAACUCAUGCAUAACUUACUGUACUUUGCCCUGUUCGACGGACACGGAGGACCACAGGCCGCAGACUUCUGUCACAAACACAUGGAGCAGCACAUCAGGGAGUGUUUGGAGAUGGAAACAGAUUUACAAGCAGUUUUGUCCAAAGCGUUCCUGCAAGUAGACGCAGCUUUGGCUGUGGAGCUGCAGAUGUACGGCAACGUUCAUGCACCCAUGCACACUUCAGUAAAGUGUGUUUAUGCAUGUGGUCCAGCCUCCCUCAUGAUGGUGGGCACGACGGCGACGGUGGCGCUGUUACGAGACGGGAUCGAGCUGGUCGUCGCCAGCGUCGGAGACAGUCGAGCUCUGCUGUGCAGGAAGGGAAAAGCACGCAAACUCACCGACGACCACACGCCAGAGAGGAAAGAUGAGAAACACAGAAUUCGUCAGAGUGGUGGGCUUGUGACCUGGAACAGCGUCGGUCAGGCUAAUGUUAACGGCCGGUUAGCAAUGACCCGCAGCAUCGGAGACUUCGACCUGAAGAAGAGCGGCGUGAUCGCAGAACCAGAGACCACUCGAACUCUAUUGCAGCACGCUCACGACUCUUUCCUGGUUCUCACCACCGACGGCAUCAACUUCAUCAUGACCAACCAGGAGAUCUGUGACAUCAUCAACCAGUCCCACGACCCCACCGAGGCGGCCAACGUCAUCGCUGAGCAGGCUCUGCAGUACGGCUCGGAGGACAACAGCACAGUCAUCGUCGUCCCGUUUGGAGCCUGGGGAAAACAUCAGAAUGCCGAAUACACGUACGACAUGAGCCGAAACUUCGCCUCCAUCGGCCGCUGGUCCUAACGGCGCUCAAAAGAUCACAUCAGCAUGAGAAGAAACACUCCCAAUCAACGAGCACACCACUAAACAAACCAGUCUGAAGAUCAACUGCUCUUAUGCAACUUUACCUCCAAAAAGAGAGUAAACGUGGUUUAUUAUUUAUUGUUAGGAAACACUCGAUGCGUUAAAUAAUUAAUCAUUCAUUCGUGAAACAUCAGAAGGAUGAAUUCUGUGUAAAUCAUGUCAACACUACAUGAAGCCCAUCACACAAAAAUGAAAACAGGUGUUUUAAAAUCUAACAAAUGUGUCUUUAUAUUUUUAUUUUUUAUUUUCUUUAUAACUUAUUUAUUGGCCGAAACCGUAUAUAAUUGUAUUUCAGUGUUGAAAACACCAACCCAUACCUGUGCACACCUAUUCAAUAAAUAGUUAUUAUUAUAUUAAA